AAAUAUUAGACCUCGAAAGCGCCUCUCUAGUGUUUGCGACAACCAAAAACAAAAAGAAAAAAAGAAAGGGGGCAGAGUUGAGUGUUGUGUGUGUGUGUAGAGAAAUGGGGAAGCCAUUGGGAACAACAGGGGAGUUCUUCAAGAGGAGAGAUGAAUGGAGGAAGCACCCAAUGCUCAGCAAUCAAUUCCGUCAUGCUACACCUGGUCUUGGCAUAGCCCUUGUGGCCUUCGGUAUCUAUCUUGUUGGUGAACAAGUUUACGACAAGCUUUAUGCUCCUUCUUCUUCUUCUUCUUCUUCUUCUUCUCAUCACCACUCUUCUUCCUCUCACUGAUUGCAACUGCUUCUCAGGUGGCAAGUGGUGGAAUGUCAAAGCUUGGACUAUCCUGCAUUUUAGUUUUUUCCUUGAAUAAGUUCUCAUAUGACAUUGAGACCUGGGCUUGUAUCUGAAUUUCUCUAUAGAUGAUGUUUACUGUUUUAGAUUUAUGAAGUCGGAUAAGUCUUCAUUAUUUUACA